AUGUUUAUGGCAUAUAUUCCUCCGCCCGUAUACUUACCAAACCGGGGACAGGGCAAAGUCGCGGAGCUGCGCCUUGAGCUGAACAGCGGUGGGAAGAAGGACAAGAACUUCACAAUGAAGAAGAUAGCACUCAAGAAGAUUGUCGCCAACAUGACCAUGAGCAACAACGACAUGGUGGCUCUGUUUCCCGACAUCGUCGGCUGCAUGACCAUCCAGAGUCUGGAGAUCAAGAAAAUGUGCUUCCUAUUCUUAGUCAACUAUGCGAGAAUGCGCCCUGAUGUGGCGGUAAAAGCGAUACCAGUAUUGGAACAUGAUAUGGAAGACCCGAACCCCCUGAUCAGAGCGCUCGCGCUGCGAACCAUGUCCUAUAUCCAUGUGCGCGAAUUCGUCGAGGCGACCGUACCCAUCGUCAAGCACCUCCUCCGAGAUCCAGAUCCAUACGUGCGCAAGACAGCAGCAUAUUGCGUCGCCAAACUAUACGACCACGACAAACACAUGGUGGAAAAGUCGGAUCUCAUUGAUAGGUUGAACAGUCUCCUCAAAGACGACAACCCCACUGUGGUGGCAAGCGCCUUGGCGAGUUUGAUGGAUAUAUGGGAAAGAAGCGAUGCCAUCAAGCUCACUAUCGACUACAGCAAUGCGUCCAAGAUGGUUGCCAUCCUACCGGAUUGUUCCGAAUGGGGCCAGACAUACAUCUUGGAGGCGCUUAUGUCCUACGUACCGCAAGAAUCCGGCGAGGCAGUACUGCUUGCUGAGCGCAUCGCCCCGCGGCUCUCCCACUCCAAUUCUGCGGUUGUACUUACCUGUAUCCGCGUGAUUCUUUACUUGAUGAACUACAUUGCGGAUCAGAAACAAAUAUCCGCGCUCUGCCGGAAGCUGUCGCCGCCCCUAGUUACGCUGCUCGCCAAGGGACCCGAAGUGCAAUACCUCGCUCUCCGGAACGCAUUGCUUAUUCUCCAACGGCGACCAGAGGUGCUGCGCAACGACAUCAGGGUUUUCUUUUGCAAAUAUAACGAUCCCAUCUACGUCAAGGUCACCAAGCUCGAGCUCAUCUUCAUGCUGGCUAACGAGAAGAACAUCGACGAGGUAUUAACGGAGCUGCGAGAGUAUGCCACCGAGAUUGAUGUUCACUUUGUGCGGAAGGCGGUCCGCGCCAUUGGUAAGCUGGCCAUUAAGAUUGAGCCGGCCGCGAGACGGUGCAUCAACCUCUUACUAGAACUCGUCUCCACCAAGGUCACGUACAUCGUGCAGGAGGCGACGGUCGUGAUUCGCAACAUCUUCCGCAAGUACCCGAACCAGUACGAAAGCAUCAUUGGCACCCUUUGCGAGCACCUUGACUCGCUCGACGAGCCAGAGGCCAAGGCGGCCAUGGUGUGGGUCAUUGGCCAGUAUGCCAGCCGCAUCGAGAACUCUGAUGCUCUCCUUGAAGACUUCCUGUUCUCCUUCUCGGAAGAGCCCGUCGAGGUGCAGCUCGCGCUUCUGACUGCGACGGUCAAGCUUUUCAUCCAGCGCCCGACCAAGGGCCAAGAGCUGGUCCCAAAGGUGCUCAAGUGGGCGACCGAGGAGACAGACAACCCGGACCUGCGCGACCGGGCCUACAUGUACUGGCGGCUGCUGUCAACCGACAUGGAAGCGGCCAAGCGCAUCGUCAUGGGCGAGAAGCCGGCCAUCACGGCCGAGUCGGAGCGGCUGGACCCCGUCACGCUCGAAGAAAUGUGCCUCAACGUGGGCACCCUGGCGACCGUCUACCUCAAGCCCGUGCAGACCGUCUUCCGCAACGCCCGCCCGCGCCGCCUGCAGGACUCGCCCGCGCUGCAGCGCCAGGAGGUGCCCAGCCCGUCCGGCUUGUUGUCUGACGCCAACAAGUCGCUUAGCCAGCUGGGCAUGGGCGGCCAGCCGGCCGAUUUCGACCCCCGCACGGACCGCGGGACAGGGGCAGGCCAGAACGGUAAUCUGGCGCAGGCCGUCAGCGACGCCGACGCCUACUUUGCCUCGCAGAUGCAAAGGAUGCAGAUCCAGGAGCAUGGGGACAGUUUUGGGGGCAACGGGAACGAAGGGGCCGGGUAUGUGGUGAAUCAAUAUGCGCCGCAGACGGUUUACCAGCCUGCGCAGGCCGUUGCGAAUAAUGGCGAUUUGCUGCUAUGA